GCUUCCGUCAGUGUCACGAAGAACUAUCGAUUCGAUUUCCUGACCGCCACAACAACAACUACCACCAUCACAGACUCCAGACCGCGAGUAGUAGUUCUUCAUCAAGCACCGCCGUAUCAACAUCACCGCCGACCCUUCACCACCAAAACAGAAAUCACCACCGCCCUCACAACCGCCACAAUGUCCGACAUUCCAAACGCCAUGCCCUCCAUGGUCAUCCUCUCGACCUCCAUGAUCUCGCUCAUCACCGGCUUUGUGCUCGGCGUCUACGCCAUCCGCGGCUACCUGAUCCCGCCCGAGCUGAAGGAGGAGCGGCGCCGCAACUUUCAGGACCCCGUCGAGAGCGAGGAGUCCGAGGUGGACGAGGACGAUUACAUACUAGACCACGCGCCCAACUGGGCCAACGGACUCGAGGCCGAUCAGCGCCAGGGCUUGCGCGCGCGCGGUGCUGCUGCCGCUGAGGAGAAGAAAAAGAAGAAGAAGCAGCAGGACAAGGCGGCGCCCAAGUUGGGACUGGAUCCGACUGAGGAGUGCAAGUUGGUGUUGGUUGUGAGGACGGAUUUGGGAAUGACCAAGGGCAAAAUCGCAGCUCAAUGCUCCCACGCCACCCUCGCCUGCUACAAGCGCCUUUUCUCUGCCGCCCAGCUCGAGCCCCUGUCGCUGUCGGCCCGCCUGCUCCGUCAGUGGGAGCGCAACGGUCAAGCCAAGAUCGCCGUGCAGACCAAGACCGAGGAUGAGAUGCUGGAGCUGAUGGCCAAGGCACGCAGCUUGGGCGUCACUGCUGAGGUGAUUCAGGAUGCUGGCCGUACGCAGAUUGCCUCUGGGUCCAGGACUGUGCUGGGCGUUGGUCCGGCGCCUAAGAGCUUGGUUGAUGAGAUCACUGGUCACUUGAAGUUGCUGUAA